AUGGAUAUUCUUCGUAGACUUUUGGCGGUGCAGUUCUGGCGGCUCUCUGAGCUUGUCGACGAGGAGGGCACGCCCUUGCUGCUGUCGUGGCAGUCGCUGCGAUUUCAGCUCACCCUCACGCUCUCCAAUGAGAACGGCGAGCGCAACCGUGACGGGGCCGCGCUGAUGGCGGCGCUGGGGGAGAGCGACUUUUGCCUGCUCUGGCGGAAGCUGUUUCGCACGCUGCGCAUCCUGCCAGUUGUCGUGGGGGCUGCGGCGGCGCCGUCGUCGCCGGGUAGGACGCAGGGCCAGGCAGCGCCGGCCAGCUAUGGGCCGCAGCAUGGCGUGGGGUGCUGCUUCCGCGGCGGCGUCCCGCCGUUCUGGGAGGAGCGGACACGCGUGGAAGCAGCCCCCAACGCCCAGGCUGCGGCGUCGAACGUGAUGGCAACCGCAGGAAGGAUCCUCACGGUGGCGGCGGAGCCGCGGGACGAGGUGGAGGUGGAGGUGCCACGAGCAGCAGUAGUGGAAGCAGGCGCGUCGGAAGGAAAGCCACAGGGCGCGAUGCCACGUCAUCUGAGCUACACGUACACGUUUAGCUACGCGUUGCCGGAAGUAGAGGAGACUCACAGGCCCAUGACAUUGGGCUUUGUGUUGCUGCUUCCCUUCUCUAGCGGCGGCGUGGACAAGUGGGGGGCCGGUGAUGCGGGCGACGAUGUCAUGCUUCGCGCCCUUCUCUCUGUGCAGGAGCAGAAAAUGGGCUGGUACCGCCCCUCCUUUGUGGUGCUAGGGACCUGCUACUACCAGGCGCGGGUGGGUCAGCUGCUGUGCUGCUCCUCCGUCGCACGACGCGUGUCGCAGUACCGCGCCUUGGUGAAUGUGAAUGUGGUGAACAUUGCGGGUUUCCCGCUGCGUGUGCGGCAGGUCGCCUUUGACAUCUCCUCCACCUGGGUUGGGGAGAGCCUUGGCAGCCUUUCCAGCGUCCCACUGUGGUCCGAGCAGCGGGCGGGACCACGCAGUGCGGACCUGAAGUACGUGGAACUCCUGCGACGCGCCGUCACGGUGACGCCCGUUGCGGUGCAUGAGUUUCGCGUCCCGGUUGUGCUGGAGCCGGAGGAGUCCAUGAACUUUCAGUUUGCCAUUCAGCUGCGGCCCCACCUGUGCUACCUGCUGGAGCCGCACUCGCUUGGAAGCGUCUACGGCAAGUUUUUAAAGGGGCAUGCGAAGGAGGUGGCGGACGAGGAACGCAGCACAGUCCUCGUCCCUCCCCGUGGCUCAGCCCCCGUGCCCUCUAAACGCGGCACCGCGGCGUCCGCCCCCUCAGGCUUGUGGAGGCCUGGUGCCGUUGCCACCGGAGCAGCCGACGGAGUCUCACGCGAGGAGCUGAUCCAGCUCAUGUCGAUGAGUUUCACAUCUCACGUGUAUGUGCACUAUGAGGCAGUGUCGCCCACCAGCAAUGUUUGCGGUGCGGCGGCGAAGGGCGGCGUGCAUGACGGGGAGGGCAUCUACCCCAGUCUGCAGCUGCGUCACGCGGUGCACUGGUCAAUGUGUCUGCCGUAG